UCGAUGCUCUGUUCCGUUCCUCUGGCAAUGAAAUAUGUAAAAUCUUCCUCUGUUAUUUUAAAAUGGAAGCAGAGCUCUUUCGUCCCGCUUUGAUCCAUAAAAUCUUGGCUCUCUUUUAAACUCAGCUCUUGGAUAAUGGUUUCGAAUUCUCAAAAGAAAAACCUUCACUCUGUGUUAUCCUCCAAUCUCAAAAAGCUCACCAUCACACCCCCAAAUCCCGACCCCGACUUUGACUUUUCCGAGGUAUUUGGCCCACUGACUCCACACCCUAAUCAAUCAUACUCACCUUCAACUUCAACAUCCACCUCUUCCUCCGCUUUUAUCGGAGACCCACCCGUCAUCCACAACCGGUCCCAUUCCUUUGUGGGGCCUUCCCCUCGCUACACCCUUUCCUGCUCCCUUCCUUUCCAAAUCCAAGAAGAAGAUCUUGAAAUCGGAAAUGAAAACGACAUUGAAGAAGAUGAUGACAAGAAGGGAAAGAAGAGCGAGGAAGUGAGUUCUUGUAGUCCUAAGAUUGGGCCAAGUGAUUUUGAGAUCUUGAGAGUUGUAGGGCGUGGAGCCUUUGGUAAGGUGUUUCAAGUUAGAAAGAAAGGGAGCGAUUGUGGUGAUGGUGAUGGUGAUGGGAUUUAUGCAAUGAAAGUUAUGAGGAAAGAUACUAUUAUCAAGAAGAAUCAUGUUGAUUAUAUGAAGGCUGAAAGAGAUAUCCUUACUAAAGUUGUGCAUCCCUAUAUUGUUCAGCUUUGUUACUCUUUUCAGACCAAGACUAAGCUUUAUCUGAUCCUGGAUUUUAUAAAUGGAGGCCAUCUUUUCUUUCAUCUUUAUCGACAGGGGAUCUUCAGUGAGGAUCAGGCAAGGAUUUAUACUGCUGAGAUAGUAUCUGCUGUUUCACAUCUUCACAAAUGCGGGAUUGUGCACCGGGAUCUUAAACCUGAAAAUAUUCUCAUGGAUUCUGAUGGGCAUGUUAUGCUAACUGAUUUUGGGCUAGCAAAGGAAAUUGAUGAAUCUAGUAGAUCCAAUUCUAUGUGUGGGACGACCGAGUACAUGGCUCCAGAAAUUUUACUGUCUAAAGGCCAUAACAAAGACGCAGAUUGGUGGAGUGUUGGAAUACUCUUGUAUGAAAUGCUAACUGGGCAGCCUCCAUUUACACACAAAGAUAGAAAGAGACUUCAGGAGAGAAUAAUCAAAGAGAAAGUCAAGCUUCCGUCGUACCUUAGCUCUGAAGCUCACUCUUUGCUCAAAGGAUUGCUGCAAAAGGAACCAUCAAGGAGGUUAGGCAGUGGUCGUGGUGGAGGUGAUGAGGUAAAAAAUAAUAAAUGGUUUCGUUCAAUCAACUGGAAGAAAUUAGAGGCAAGAGAAUUGCAGCCAAAGUUCAAGCCAGAUGUGAGUGGAAAAGAUUGUACAGCAAAUUUUGACAAGUGUUGGACAACAAUGCCACUUGAUGACUCACCUGCUUCCACACCAACUGCUGGUGAACAUUUCCAAGGGUAUACGUAUGUUGCACCGAACCCUUGGCUUUCAUCUGGAUGAAGUAAGGGUAUCACGAAGCAAACCAGCAGCAAAAAAUAUUCUCUAAUUUGCCAACCACAUCCACCAUCGGUGAGUUGGUUUGACAGACAUUACAGAAAUGGAAAAGAUAAAUAAGUAAAUAUUACCAGUAUUAUGUUUUGCUGGAAUUUAUACUUCCUGUCUAUUUAGACUAAGAGUGUUCGAGCAUAAGAAUUUUGCUGCUUCCAAUGCCAAUAAAAAGUAACCCAUCCAAUGGUAUUUAACAUCCAGAAAACCGCCAAAUAAAAUGCGUCCCAAGCGACAUAUCACAAGUACCACCGCGUCCCGGAUGGCGUAUUUGGUCCCAGCAUAUGAAAGGUCUCAAGUAAAGAUUCCAAUUGUCUACACUCUACAUUAGAUUUGGCAGCGAUGAAAACUCAGCUUUGGAGCUUCCAGCGUAGUACACCUAGAUAAACUUUCAAAAUUCCACCUGUCACUAAACAUAGUCCAAACAAUGUAUCAAAACAUAUGACCUAUUAUGAAAAUCCAGCUAGGACAUAUGCCAGCUCAAAGUGGAAUGGUGCUACUUCAACCAACAGAAUAGAAAACCAAAUGAAGUCCAGCACUUUGGAGUUCCAAAAUGUAAGUUGAUGAAAACUAAUAAAGAAAAGUAAUUUCAUCUAUAUCGAGUUCUGGUACUUUGGUAUGUAAUAAAUGUACUGAUAUGAUAUGUGAUCUAUUUCUAAUAUGGUGAAUGUGACACUUUGCCUGAGCUGCCAACAAUUUUAGUAUUUUGCUUGAAC